AUGGCCAACGGCCUGGACCGCCUUGAGCGGCUCUUCACCUACAAACGGAAGGCAUCGCCCGCCUCGAGCGAACGGGUCAGUCCCGUGGUGCAGCCCUCGGAGCCUCAGUUUCCUUCGCCUUCUUUUAUCAGGCCCAAAGCCCUUCGUAUGGCCGCCCGCGACGAAAUCCGUCUUCGCCAGGUUGGUCGUUCGCCUUCUGUGCCCGAUAUCGCCGCGGCACAUCGCACGCAGCCAUCCUACGCCGACAAGCCCGGAUCGACAGACGGUUCACUCCAACACCACCGCAGGCUUUUCCGCUCCCCGUCGUUCGUCAGACCUGGACAAACCGACCAGCGCGUUGUUACGGGCCUGCGCCAGUUCCAGUUUCCAAAGCCCCCCAGCCGCAAUGACGAGGAGGCCUCUCCGGCCUCCUUCGCGGUGAAGAGGACUUCGUCGGAAGCUCCUCAGCUCCCAAGCCCUCGAUGCCGCUCGCCACUUCAGGUGACGAUCCCUCAUAGCAGACUGGACACUCCACCGGCUUCGGAUCCCGAGGACAACGACUCUUGCACGCAAAGCCUGCGAAUCAAACCUGUCCCAGAAGUGCCUCGCCGGAUGCCACCUCCCACUCCCCGGGAGUCCCCAGAGGUCAGCCCUACGCGGGAGUCACGUCUCCAAGGGCCGAAGCCUGCGGAAACCGUGGACUACGUAGCCUUCAAGGUCAACCAGGCAGGAAACGACUCCGACCAGGCAUCGCUGCACAGAUCGUACAGUCAGUCAAGCAUUGCGCCUUCAGCGCAAAUCUCCUUCUGCAGCUCGACACUGCGAGAGCCCGACUUCAAUGAGUUUCUUAACCUGAGCGACGACGACAUUGCCGAGUCCACGCCCGAAAGCCCCAUUCUUCCGCCGGUGGAGGGUUGCAACGAGCCGGCGCUUCCGCCGAUGGAUCUCUCCAUCUCGUCGAUGGAGCCUCUGGGUUCCUCGCUGCUCACCUUGAGCCCGCCGCGAGCAAGUCGCCCUGCUGCCGUGGCGGCGUUCGAAGCAGCCCGAAUUGCCCGGCGUUAUGACUUUGACCUCGUCUACGUGGUCAAUCUUUGGCCUGACAACGUUGCGGCUCGGAUAUCAGGCACUGCGACUGAGGAGAUCAGCACUGGCCCCAAGCCAAUGGUCGGGCGACUUCUUGCGGCUCAUGGUCUCCAGCACGUUCCGUCGCCGCUUCAAAUAUCUUCCCUCGUUCAUACUACCAUUCUGCGCUCUGAUGGUUGGAUCGAAUAUCGCAACCAACAGGCGUCAAGUCACGACCUGGCUCGCGGGUACGCCUGUGCAUUCUACACUGGCCAGUUCGCCAAGUCUACAUCGGGCAAGAACAGCCCAGUCUCGGGAGUUUUACUCUCGGAACGAAUUGAUCGGGGAAUUGUGUUCGCCGCAUACCGCAAGCCGAGAGCUGGGACAGAAAAACUCGGCCGAGCUUUCAACGAGGAGGAGCUGGGCGAGCUGCACAGGGACGCAGAGGCGCUAGUUGAGAUGCUCAUCGACAUUCAUGUCGCGAACCGCCUUCGUCAACCUCCGGCACGGACCUCCAUUCCCGACGAGACUGGUCCGAUGCCGGUGCAGCAGCCAAUGGGCUCUUAA